GAGCUCCCUGGUUCAGCAGCUGGGGGGCAUGACGGCGCUCUGGCGCCAACUCGCGCACUCUUCUUCGAGAACCCGGAUUUCAGACGCGGUCUUUGCCUACGUGUGGGAAAUGAGAGCCGUCUUCUGUUCAGCGAUCUGAAGAUCUUAAUCGCUGACGAAAGUGCCAUCAAACACUCUUUGGCCAACAAAGGGGCAUCUGGGAUUGUCAUGUGCGUGGCCUUGCAAAACAUAUACGACAGCAAAAGCAGCAUUGCAUCCCAUGGCCACGAAAAUGAUUUGGUGUCGAGUCUGGAGACCGACAUUUCCAAAUUCAGGAAACACACUCCGGCAUCCAUUCGAGCAACCGUGACUUACUUGGAGGAGCAAUCUGCAAACUUGACAGCAGCCCAGUUUGACAAAGUGCAAAGUGCUCUGGGUUUCAACUACAGGCCAGACGGGGUGUUGGCACACCCGGCAUAUGGGCCACCAAUUAUAGAUGCUGUAAUGUACGACUGGAUGCAUAUCUACAUGGUGACGGGAGUCUUCAACCUUCUCACUGGCUUCUUUCUGGGUGAUCUCCAUGACCAUGGCUUCGCGGCCAAGACAAUUGAGACCCUUUUUCAAGCAGUUCACCUGGCCGGCCCGAACACGUGGAGCAGCCCCAAAGGCCUCAACUUCUACAUCGUCCUGCGCGUCUACGUCAUCCUCAUGGUCAUGCCAACAGCAAAUGAGCAGUUGAUUAAAUCAUGUGAGGCGUGGCUUGCGCUUUGCGUUGUGCUGGAUGCCCUGAUGGCAAUUGCCAAAGGCAGGACUUCACCCGCUGAGCUCCAAGGUCUGAUCCGAUCUCAUUUGGAGAAGGCUAAGGAGCUGUACGGAGAGGGGUGGUGGGUUCCGAAGUGUCAUCUGGCGCUCCACCCCCCGCUGCAGUUUCAUGCCCAUGAUGCCCAUGGAUGCCUGCUUUCGUGUUACCCACGCGAAAGAAAACACAAAAUUAUAAAGAAAAUAGCGUCCAACAUUGCUGAUACCAGCCGCGCAUUCGAGAGGAGCAUUCUGGAUGAUGUCUUGUAUGGACAGCUGGGCAAUUUGGCGACCAAAGCCUUCGUGCCCGGCCAUCAAGUUCAUCUGAUACAGCCGGUGCGCUCUGCCCCUCGGGCCCUGCAAACGGUUGUCCAGAGCGUGCUUCGCACGCAAGAGCCUGUCUACACUGCAUCGCAGGCCAUACACGGCGGUAAUUUUGCUGUCAGCGCCAAAGAUGUGGCUGUGCUUACCUUGGAGGGCGUCACGCAUGUGGGCCGUGUGGGCUACCACGUGGCGGUGGGAGAGUCUUGCUGGACGCACAUCACCUUCUGGACUCAUGUGCACGGCUGCGUGUACAGAAUCUCCGACGAGGGCGUGCUGGUGAAGACCUCCUGCUUGCAGGAUACAUGCCCGUUCAGUGUGCAGGGAAGCGAUGCCAUCGUUGUCUUGCCAAGCUAA